AGUUUUGACGACGUAGACAUGAUGCUCCGUGACUCCGCGUAAAAUCACAGAUUUAAACUAUUAGUAAUAGCGAGUAAACGACACACACACAAAACUAUCAAAGUACAUAACGUAAUACUACGUGUACUAUCCAUAUCUCCUUUCAAGACAGAGGAGAACAUAUUAGAAAUGAAAUAGUGUUGUAUUCGGGGUGCGGUUUUUUUCAUUGGUCAUCAGAGACUACUAAAAUAAUAAUAAAAAAUAACAAAAAAGGAACACGCAAAACCACAUUUGUCAUUUGUAUAAACGACACUGAUAUUGUAUUUAGUAUUUUUUUAUUACCAUAGUCGUGACGCUGGAACCACAAACUCCACUAGUCCGUUAGAAUCACGGGGUUCUAGAAUAAAGGAAAAGGCCUUUUAUUAUAAACUGUAUGCAUCAAACGGUGGUGCCUUCACUGACGUCAGAAACAUUUCGGUAACUGUGUAGAAACACCAUUUCACCCCCUUCGGAUUAACCUAAUUCAAUUAAUUCUUAAUUCACAAAUGAUCUGCGGCUAAUCUCGCCGUUAGUCGGCCUGACGUCAGCAGCAUAUAAAAGCAGCCGUGCCCUCUGAUGGUCUCAGUCGGUCAGAGCAGCAGUCUGCAGGCGCUCACUCACAGCCAGACGCAUCAACCAUGACAACGUUCUAAGAAACGCAGUCCUUUCAGAAAGAUCGAGAAAAUCCCAACCAGAGGUUUCACUUCCACGUGUUGACUGAAACUUUUCCAUCCACUCCCGGUUCCCCUCGUGUCUGCCUGUGUAAUGCCCGCCGGGAUGUUUAACAUCGACAGCAUCUUGUCCGCCAGACCGAGUUGCAAGGAGCCGCUGCUGCUACAGAGGAGCGCUCCGGUGGUGCUGUCCACCGGCCUCACGGAUUCUAUCUACGCCGACUACAGCUCACUCUACACGGCCACGUGCGGACCCUCCUCGGCCAGCAUUCACUCUGCAGUCAACGGGACCCGGAUCGGAUAUAACGGCUACUACUACGGACAGCUGCAGAUCCAGAGCGCAGGAGGAGGAGGAGGAGGAGGGCCGCCGUGCUGCGGCCCUGUGAGCGGCCUCAGCCCGCAGCAGUGUCCAUGUUUACCUACAGGCUACGAAAGCCCGGCCUCGGUGCUCCUGUCCCCGGUGCCUCAUCAGAUGGUGUCCUACAUGAACAUGGGCAGCCUUUCUCGCAGUGAACUGCAGCUCCUCAACCAGCUGCACUGCCGCAGGAAACGCCGGCACCGCACCAUCUUCACCGACGAGCAGCUGGAGGCUCUGGAGGGCCUCUUCCAGGAGACCAAGUAUCCGGACGUGGGCACCCGAGAGCAGCUCGCCCGCAAGGUGCAUCUCCGAGAGGAGAAGGUCGAGGUUUGGUUUAAGAACAGACGCGCGAAGUGGAGGCGGCAGAAAAGGUCUUCGUCAGAGGAGUCAGAAAACUCGCAGAAGUGGAACAAAUCCACCAAAUCGCCCACGGAGAAAACCGAGGAGAGUAAAAGUGACGUGGACUCGGACAGCUGAUAGUCACAGUGACUCUGGAAACGUGACGCGCGCGCGCCCGUGUGGGUGCGUGCGUGCUUGUGUACAUUCUUAGUGGAAAGUGACGUGGACUCCACAUGCAUAUUGAUUGUGGUGGUGUGAUGAACCGUGUUGCACAGCUGUAAAUAUCUACAUUUUAUUAUGGGUUCCAUGUGCUCUAUUUAUAUUUAAUUUAAUUUUGUUUUUGCAUAAUAUAAGUGCACGUUGCAGGGUCGUGUCUGAAAAUGUUAUGUUCUGUGCGACAUUUUAUGGAUAUUAUAGAUGUGGUCGUUCUUACAUUUGAUUUCCGCUGUUAACAUGAUGAGCUGCGGCCGCUCAGCGCCUGCGGCGGCACGAGGCGCCCAGCUGCUGCAGGAGGGAUAAUAUACCCAUGGUUUGUCAGUUUACUUUGAAGAAAUAUAUCAAGCUACCUAGAAGACAAGGAGUAUACAUUAAAAUAUACGUGAACCGUGUCAAAUAUGGUGUCUUUGGGUUUUUUAUUAUAACCAUUGCUAAUAUUAUUUGCUAAUAAUAUUUAAAUGCGGGACUACAGAAAUGAAACACAUUAACCAAACUUUAGUUUAUAUACACGCUAUAAAGAAUGAUGACCAUAUUUCAACCAAUACAGAGGCAGCGGUAAAAGAGACGAGUCUUUCCUUUUCAUCAUUUCAUACCUGACCAUCUCUUUCUAUUAAAAACUACCAUCAACACCGAUGUUCUGGGUCAAUCUUUUUUUUUGUUUUACUCCAGUAUCAAAUAUUCAUUUUUACUCAUCCUUGAUCCUUGUAUUUGCUUUAUCCCGCUUGAAUAUAUUCUUAAUCAGACCGUGUGCGCACAUGUCAAAUAUUGAAUCAAUAUAAUGUAAGGCAGUAAGGCAGACUAUUUGCCCCCAACAAAUCUA